GCAUCAUGUGACGAGGUCUGUUUUUGUUGCCUACUGGCAGCUACACAGAGGACAACAAAAAAGUGUAGAAAGCCUCAAUUAAAAUGUUAGGAACGAUGGCUUUUUAAAAUACGGGCUCGAUGAAGAUUUGAUUUUGUUUCACGGCGCUGUUAUUUUUUUAACGGCACGGCUUUUUGAACACUACGUCCAAUGAAUGCCUCUUUGUGAAGUGUCACCAGUCAUUUGUUGAACUUGGUUCUGCACUGAAGAUGAAUGCUCUGGUGGCUCUCUGUCACUUCUGUGAGCUCCAUGGCCCUCGAACCCUGUUCUGCACUGAGGCACUACACCCGCCUUCCCCAUCCCCUUCAUCCCAGGUAGGUGCCCAAAUGCCAGGGGACCGAGAUGGUGACCGUGAUGGUGAAGGUCUAACCAUGAAGGCCAACAGCUCAGCCACACAGAAAGAAAUGUGUGAGGGUUGCCGAUCCUUGCCUGCAUCUCACCCGGGCUUUGUUAGCAUUGAUGAUGAAACAGGCAUCCGCUUCCUGAGCCACCAGCACCCCAGACAGCCCCAGCUUUUCAGCGUGGUCCGACAGGCUUGCGUACGCAGUCUCAGCUGUGAGGUAAUUAGUGACAUGUUUAUGUGGGUGUUGUCUGUGGGCUUUAAUCGGCUGAUUACUGAUAUACUUCUUUAUGUUUUCUGUUUGUUUUGGUGUCAGGUGUGUCCCGGACGUGAAGGGCCCAUUUUUUUUGGAGACGAGCAACAUGGAUUUGUGUUCUCACACACCUUCUUUAUCAAAGACAGUCUCGCUAGAGGCUUCCAGCGUUGGUACAGUAUUGUUAUGGUAGCCAUGGACAGAAUCUACCUUAUAAACUCCUGGCCUUUCCUGCUGCGUCACCUCAAGCUUACUAUACAGAGUCUGCAGAGCACAGCUCUAAAGGUGUUUGACAAUGAACAGGGAGUUUGUCCCCAGCGAGCUGUGAGGAUGAACAGCGCAUUUUCACCUGCAGUUUUUCCACACCAAAGGAGCGGCAAUGCAGCCCGAUCGCUGACUUCACUCACCCAGCAUCCUAACCUCUGGGCCAGCCUGCACUCCUCCUUUAGCUGGUUACUUAAAGCUUGUGGUAGCCGUCUGACGGAGAAGCUCCUGGAAGGAGCCCCCACCGAGGACACUCUGGUGCUCAUAGAGAGACAAACAGAGCAAGAGGAGGAAAUGAGCUGCUGGGAGGGAGCAGAAGGAGGUGCUUCAAAGACGCAGAGGCACCUGUCAGAGACCGAGCUGGCCCACAACUUCCUGAGUGAUGAUACAAAACUGGAUGAAUUACCUGGUCCAAAAUUUAGGUCACUGAGGCAUUUGAGACAGGUCCUCGGGGCUCCUGACUUUCGACAGCUAGCCUGGCACGUGCUCAUGGGAAAUCAGGUCAUUUGGAGAGGUGCAGAUCCAGUUCUCAUCCAGUCAGCUUUUACAGUGCUAAAGUCUUUGCUCCCGGUAGGCUGUGUGCGCUCCGUGCCAUACAGCUCUCAGUACGAGGAGGCCUACAAGUGCAACUUUCUGGGUCUCUGCCCCGAUGUGCCUAUUCCAGCUCACGUCAGCUCCUCAGAGUUCACAGUGCUCGUGGACGUCACCUCAGAGAGAAGCUGUCAAAUCCCAGCUGUAAGAGAUGACGACAUCAGCUCACUUUAUCAGUUCACCAUCACCAGUGCCAACACACAACCUAUAGACAGGGGUCCAGCAUUACUGAACAAGCUGGAGGUCGCUCUGUGCAAUGAGAACCUGUCGGUGGAUGUUGUGUCUCACUGCCUGCUGUGUUUGAAGGAGGAGUGGAUGAAUAAAGUCAAAGUGCUGUUCAAGUUCUCCAAAGUGGACGGUCGAGGAAGAGAGGACACGCAGAAGGUUCUGGCACUCCUCGGUGCUACGGGGCCCGGGGAAGAGGACAACGUCAGGCUGCUCAAGUACUGGAUGACUGGACUUAGCAAAACAUACAAGAGCCAUUUAAUGACAGCUGUCCGAGGAGGGGAGAGGAGCCCCAGCCAGUGACAAAGAAGAGGAAGAGGAGGAGGAGGAGAUUGGGAUAAAGAAAGGGGAGCUGAAAUGAGGGGGAAUGCCAUUUCUUUGACAUUCCCCUUGUUUUUUGGUUUUUUUUCUUUUAUUAAUUUGUUUAGUUUUGGGGGUUUUUUCUUACCCACAGUCUUGUCAUUUAAUGACAGGACUGUGAACGGAUGACACAAAGGGUUUCGCUCGUCAAUUAUAGUUGUUUUCAGUAACUGUUGUGUAUCUAACGAUGAUGAUUAUCUUGCUCACUAAACAAGUAGAAUCAGUUUGGAUAAUGCAUGAGGGCUUUUAUUUGUCAAAGGGAACUCUUAUAGGAGACCUUUUUAUACAGAUAUGUAAAGCUUAACUUAUUACAAAAAAAGACUUUGCACUUUGUUUACUCCUGCUGAUGUUUUAAAAUAAAAUAAA